AUGAGAGCACUGCUGCUCCCAGCAAUCCUGCUGCUGGGGGCAAUUGAUUCCACCCUGUCUGCUGAAGAGUCCUGUGUGGGAAGAUGUUUGGAGGGUUUCAAUGCCAAAACAAAAUGCCAAUGUGAUGAUUUAUGUAUUUACUACCAAAGUUGCUGCAGUGACUUCAGUGAGGUUUGCAAGAAGAAAGACACCCGAGGAGAUGUGUUUAACUUCCCUGAAGAUGAAUAUGACAACUUUAAUGAUAGCACAGACCCAGAUCCCCUAAUCCAAGUAACAACGCCAAUAGUUAACCCUGGGGAAACGGAAACUGUGACUGAGAGACCAACAGAACAGACAAUAUUGGUGGAUCCUGUAACUGAAGACAUCUCUGAGGAUCUGUGCAGUGGCAAACCAUUUGAUGCCUUUACAAACUUCAAAAAUGGCUCUAUUUUAUGCUUUCCGAGGUAAAUACUUUUAUGAACUUGAUGAUAAAAAAGCACUCGAUGGCUAUCCAAAGCUCAUCAAGGAAGUGUGGGGUAUAGAGGGUCCAAUAGAUGCUGCCUUCACUCGUAUGAACUGCCAGGGAAAGACCUACAUUUUUAAGGGUACUCAGUACUGGAGAUUCUCAGAUGGUGUUCUGGACUCAGAAUAUCCUCGGGACAUUGAAGUUGGUUUUAGCAACAUCCCAAAUGAUAUAGAUGCUGUUUUCGCCUUGCCUGCCAAUAACUACCAAGGAAGGGAGAGAGCCUAUUUCUUUAAAGGCAGACAAUACUGGCCAUAUGAAUUCUCUCAGCAACCCACCAGAGAGGAGUGUCUUGGCUCAGCCCCAUCAGAGCUAUUUACACGAUAUGCUGCAAUGCAAGAUGACAGCUGGGAAGAUGUGUUCAGUUUACUGUUUGGGAAUUGGUUCACAGGUAACAGUGCAGAACCUAAAUAUAUAUACAGAGACUGGAGAGGGGUGCCCAAUGGAGUGGAUGCUGUACUGCCAAGCAGGAUUUAUGUACCCCAGCAGAAACAACCUGAAUUGCGUCGGAGUAAGAGGAGAAAGAGCAACCGCAGGAAAAACCGUAGGAGGAGACCAUCAUAUUAUGAUCUGCAUUUAUUUAGUUAUGAUGAUUAUGAAGACGAUCCUGACUGGCUUCCUCCUGAAAGUCAACCUAUGUGCCAACCCGUUCAGAGUGUUUACUUCUUUAAAGACGAUAAAUAUUAUCGCGUCAACCUCCAGACAAAGCGUGUGGAUGUCACCUAUCCUCGUUAUCCUCGCCCGAUUGCUGAAUACUGGCUGGGCUGUAAGACGACUUCCAAACAAGAAAAGUCAAAGAGUUAA